AAAGUAGAAUGAGAGUUGAAGACUUGAAGCAUUUCAAAGGUUUAUUUUUCUACUUUCUUCUCUCUUCUCUAUCUCUCGUUCUUACAAAAGCAGUUUUAUUUGGAUGGACGAAACACAACAACAACAACUGACGCAAGAACAGAUAAUGGAGUUUAAAGAGGCGUUUUGUCUGUUUGACAAAAAUGGUGAUGGUUGCAUCACUGCUGAUGAACUUGCCACUGUGAUCCGGUCGUUGGACCAGAAUCCUACCGAACAAGAACUUCAAGAUAUGAUUAAUGAGAUCGACUCUGAUGGUAACGGCACUAUCGAAUUCUCUGAGUUCCUCAACCUCAUGGCCAACAACAUCCAGGAAACUGAUGGAGAUGAGGAGCUGAAAGAAGCAUUCAAAGUGUUUGACAAAGACCAAAAUGGUUACAUCUCUGCUAGUGAGUUGAGACAUGUGAUGAUCAGUCUUGGGGAGAAGCUGACAGACGAAGAGGUUGAUCAGAUGAUAAAGGAGGCAGAUUUAGAUGGUGAUGGUCAAGUCAAUUAUGAUGAAUUUGUGAGGAUGAUGAUGCCCAGCGGUUAAUGUAUUUUACCCGUUAAUGUAUGAUCUUUAUAUAAAUUUGUUUAUCUUUUUAUCCUCUUCAGAAUACUAUAUUUCACAUUCCUAUUAAAUUAGACUACGCUAUUUGUAUUCAAUUUUUAAUUAACAUGUACGGCUGGCAAUAAUCACUAUUUCAUUUUUAUG